GUCAGUCGGCAGGCAGAGUGAGAGCAACCCGCAGCUUUUCUCGUGUGAGAUCGCAGUUUUUCGCUUGCCAAUCGAUGGGGCUCCGGAGUUCGCAGUUUGCAGUGCAGCGUUUCUUUGACUUUGUACAAUUUGCUUACACGGCAAUUGGUGGCUUUAAUUAUAAGUAGCGCACUCGCUCGCCAGACAAGUUGGCCCCGUGAUAAGCAAAACACAAGUUUGCCUAGUGAGUGAGUGGACCAUCGGAAUGCAUUUGAUUAGAUUGUGAUUUGUUUGCUGGCCUCUCGUUGUUGUCGCAAAACAAAAGCUGAGCCGCAAACAAAACAGCUAGGACCGGUUAGCCGGACUUGCCCAUUCGGCGUCAGUUUCACGUUCGGUAUCACUGCCGCGAUUUUGCCAAUCUUGCAGAAAGAUUUUCGGGUGUGCACCGGAAACAAACGAGAACGAAACAACAAUCAGCCAUUCACAAAGCCAUCAAGCACAGUGAAACACUUGAUAACGGAGCUAAAAACCCAAUAACCAUACCAAAAGCCAACAUAAAUCCCGCAACGUUUAUUAAUUAUAUGCUGAUCAAGUGUUUUCUCGUAUGAAAUAUCAAUCGAAUCGAAAAAUGUGUGUCAUAAGUGCAGAAGUGAAGUGCAGCUUAAUGCUUAAUGCGAAAAGCUCAAAAAUGCGAUUGAUUUAAAUGAAUUUCUGUUUAAUUUGUAUAAAUAUUUUCACCACUCGUAACUCGAGAGGUCGACCCACAAAAGCCGGAAAAGUGCAAAUUCAUGGCAAAAUUUAAAUACCAAUUUGCGCAAACUGAGGGGGGAAAUCGAAAUGCUAAUACGAUUUAAAGGCAGCUUUGAAUUGCUGACGAAUAACUUUCUGAUUAAAGCAAUUAAAAUUGCCUUCUCCAUCGACUAACAAUAAAAUAGCAAAGACUAGGAAUGUGUGGCCGAGGGGCUCAGGAGUAAUGGCAGCAGUUGGGAGCAAUUAAGCACAUCGUUACAAUUGUAAAACAAAAGAAAUAGUUCCAAGGCACGCGGCAAACGAAGCAAGGGGAAAAUGUCAUCCACUGAGCCGAAGGAUAUGGCGCUGAAGACCAAGACACCGGCAGUCGAAGCAGUUGCCUGCCUGCUCCCACCCUCCGCCAAACCUUUAGUCGCAACGGGAAAGAAAACUUUAACUUCCAGUGCGGCUUUGUCAUUGUUUGAUCAGCUGAAAAACGGCGUCAACCUAAACAGUUUGACAAUUGGCGCCAACAGCAACGGCAACCCAGAAGCGGCUCCAGCAGCAGCACCACCACCACCCGAAACACCAGCGACAGCAGUUGCCACACCCACCGCCCCAGUGCUGCCGGCCCCCGCACCGCCCACCGCCGUAGCUCCGCCCUUGGAUAUCGAACUAAAGCCCCCGGCAAAACCCGCGCGCCCCUUCAGCACGCCCAGCAGCAUUGGCGUCGUGCAGGGCACCAAGCGGGGGGCGGGGGGAGUGGCCGGGGGGACUGGCGGCCAGGCAGCCAAAUUGGAUAUAAACGCUCUGCGAUCUCAGCUCUAUCAGGGCGCCAGGAAGACUGCAACAACAACUCGCGUAGGGGCCGGAAAAACAGCAGUCGCCACAACAGCUCCACGAGCAACUGGCAGCGCAGAACGCGGCACGAGGGGAGCCAAAAAGCGGUGUCUGGAUCGAUACGACUCAUCGGAGUCAUCAGACAGCGGCGUUGCCACCUCACUGAGCUGCGCGGACUCCAGCACGGGCUCCAGUGAGGAUGCGUCUGAUCCCGGCUCCCCGUACAGCGCUCACUCGCAACUGAGCGACCCGCCCGAUCCGCUGGCCAAGAUGCCGCCUCAGAUCCUCGGAAGCGCCAGCGGUAGCAGCUCCACAGCGAAUGCCUCUCCGCCCUCCAGCAGCACCAGCCAGACACCUGCAUCGCCAGCCAUCCACCACAGCCAUCUCAGCCAGCACAGCGCCUCCAUGUCCAAGCCGACGACGCCCCAGCGCAACCACGGCAACCCCAGCCUGCUGCCCACGCUCCAGUGGCCGUGGAACACCAGUCUGGGCAGCACCUCCACCGCCGUCCCGGCCGCUACGGCCAACAAGAACAAGCGGACCGCAGCCGGAUCGGGAGUGGGAGCUGGACCAGGCAGCUUGGGUGCCGAUGGCGCCUUACUAUCCAGUGGAGGCGCUGCUGCGGCCAAGAAGGCGCGUAGUGAACUGCCCAGCUCCUUUGACGCAAGCAAAAGACUGAAGGUGGCCGCCAUGGAGGAGUCGCAGACCAAGAUCACAGGUUUCUUCAAGUCCCAGAUGAAGCCGUCGCCCAGCGGCGGAAAGCUGUCCCCACAGCCCGGCCAGCAGAGCCAUCCGGCCAACACGCUGACCAUGAGCACACCCGCUACCACUGCAUCCCUGAACAAGUACUUUAACAUCCUGUCGCAGCUCAAGGAACAGAAGGCCCAGCAACAACAGCAGCAGCAGCAGCAGCAACAACAACAGCAACAGGCAGCUAAGACAUUGCCCACACCCGCUUCAGUCGUUCCGGCUGCUCCUGCGCCGCCCGCCCCUCCAGUGGCCACUCCCAGCCCCAGUUUGCCCGUGCCGGCGCUGAAAAAGAUCGAGCGCAGCACCAAGCAGCCGGCAAAGAUUGCCCAGGUGGCGCCCAAUCUGCGCAAGACGCCCAGCAGUGGGUCCUCGGGCAGCUCCUCGUCGUCGUCGUCUAGCUCAUCGAAUGGCUCCAGUACGGGCAAGUCUCCAGCCAAAAAGCACGUGGCCAUUGCUCCCCGGACGCCGGAGAUGAAGCAGCAGCAGCAGGGCAAGGCCGCCAUGGUGUACCGACCACCGGUAACGAGUCCCGCCCUAAAGCAGAAGCCGAUCUCACCACAGGCCCCCGUGGCGGCCACCACGCCCGCUCCCACACCAGCAAUCAAUCCCUCGCCCGCACCCGCCAAUCCCACGCUCUACCAGCUGCCCGUGCAGCUGCCCAAUCUAGUCCAGCUGCCGCCCCAGCUGGCGGCCGCCGCCAACAUCAUGCAGCUCAACAACGUGGCCAAGGCGGCGGUUGCCGCAGCGGCCAACAACAAUGCGGCCGCCCAGGCAGCGCAAGCGGCUCAGGCGGCUGCCGCCCAGUACUUUCUCAACGGCACUGUCUUUAAGCUGCAGCAGGUUACCACGGCCACGACGACGACGGCCACCACAGCCACGUCGGCGGCGGCCUCGGCUGGCAACCCCUUCGGACUGCUCAACUUGGCCACGGCGGGCCAUCCCUUCGGCCUGCCCAACGCCAACGGGCAGUUUCCCAUUGAGGCCAUUCCGGGAGCUGGGAGCUUCUUACAUCAUCAACUGCUGCUCGCCAGGCAAAACAACAUAAACUUGAACGAAAACAUGGCUUCCAACCCUUGCGGAAACAUGAACUUUGUGAACCCGCUGAACAACCAACAAGUGGGACUCAAAGACAACAAAUUAUAUAUAGUGAACUCUGCCGAGUACCUAGGCUACUUAAUGAGCUUGCAGAUUGCCCUGAACAACCAGCAGCAUCAGCAACAGCAAAUAAUCUCUGCCACACAGCCGCCGCCAUUGGCAGCGACGAACAACGCAAACGCGAACACUGCCACUCAGCCGCCACCAUUGGCAGCCACGAACAACACGAAUUCGAACACUGCCAACAACUCGACUGCCAGCAACAGUAACAACCACAAUGCCUCGAAUAAUCUAAGCAACAUCAGCAACAUCAGCAAUAUCAGCAACAUCAGCAACACUGCCAUACAGCCCCAGCGGGCGAUUGUAAAGCCACCGAUGCACAGUUCCACGCAGCCGCCGCCGCUGGUGACGAUUUCGUCGAUGCCCCCGUGCUCCCCGGCAGCCGCAUCCUCGCCAGCAGCGGCAGCAGCUAAACGGGCCCUGCCCCCCGCCAAGCCAUACCAGAAGAGGAUGACCGCCAAGGGCAGAGUGGGUGGCGCCGCGCCAAUCAUCGCCACGCCCACCACUCCGCCGCCUCUGGUGCCCACGUCGGCCACCAAGGAGUUGGGUCAGCUGCGCAAGAGCACGGGAACCACGGGGCCUCCGACGGUCACGGUCACCCCCACUCCCACGCCCCCGCUGGUCAGCAUUGCGCCCGCGAAACUGACGCCCACACUCAGCGUUGCCAAGCAAGGACCCGCGAUAAAGCUGGCCAACAGUGCGCCCGAUCUCUUUGACCUGGUGAAGAACUCCAAGGUGUUGCCGAAGGCGUCGCAGCCGCUAACGCCGCUGCCCUUCAGCUCGCCGAGCAGCAGCAGCAACAGCAACGGAAGCCACUGCCUGCGGUCCUCGCCAGCGCUCUCCAGCUCAAACUCCUGCACCCUGUCGGCCUUCAGCAAAAUCAAGGUUGAGACCUUGGAGCCGGCUUCCCAGAGCGACUCUGUGGUCUGCUCGUCGAUGUCUCCAAUAUCACCCAAGCCGCAGAGCUUCGCCGGCCAGCUACCGAAGAGGGAUCCGGACGCCGAAUCGGAAGCGGAGACCCUCAAACACGAGCUUCUGCCGGACUGCACCAACAGCAACUCGAACUCCAAUUCGUGCAGCAGCAGCAGCUAUUCGCAUUCGGUCAGUUCGGCAGCCGAUCUCUCGCUGGAGGCCUCAACGCCAGCCCCCUCCCCCUCGCCAUCUGCGUCGCCAUCCGGGUUGGGUUCCCCUUCGCCGGCGGCCAGUAAUAUGAGCGGCAGCAGCCGGCGAGCGGCCAGCCAAACUGACAUGCUCAGCGAGCUGGUCACCUCGUCCUGCAUCUCCAGUGGCGGCGACGACUGCUCCCAGGCCACCGACUCGCCUCCACCGGCAACGCUGGCCUUGCAGCUGGGGAAGAGCAGUGAAGCGACCACCCUGACUCCCACGGCCAGCGGCGGAAGCAGCAGUGGCAGCAGCAACUACGACGAGGAGGACGACAAGUCGGUGGCCUCCCUGGAGACGCAUCAGGCGCACAAGCGGCUGAGGGACCUGCCCACGCCGGAGUCGGGCAUCGGUGGUAGCCUGAGCAACAGCGAGAGCAGCAACUCCAUAGCGGAUGCCAUUUCCUCCAAAUCCGCCUCCGUGGGACCGCCCACCACUGCAGCAAGCAGAGCCUCAUCCACGGCCUCCGACAGCAACUCGCUGGCCAGCAAUGCUCCUUCUCCCGCCUCACCGGACGAUUGCUCUGCUGCUCCGUCGCCCGCCUGCUCCGCCUCCACUGCCGCCUCCACUCCGCCCAGCACAGUGGUGGAUAUUGCGAUGGUCGAGGCCAGCAGCAAGAGUCUGCCGAAGAGCGCCAUCUCGCCCAUUCUCUCGCAGCCGAAGACCAUCCGCUUCCCGGCUGGAGCGGGGGCUGGCGGUAAAGGCGGAAAGCGGCACGACGGCGUCUGCUACUGGGACAAGUGCAACAAGAAGCAUGAGAGCAACUCCAAGCUGCUGGACCACAUGCAGACCCACCACGUCAACACGCAGACAGGCCCCUUCGCCUGCCUCUGGGUGGGCUGCAAGGUGUACAACAAGGAGUCCUGUUCCCGCCGCUGGCUGGAACGCCAUGUACUCUCUCAUGGUGGCUCCAAGCAGUUUAAGUGCAUCGUCGAGGGCUGCGGCCUGCGCUUCGGCUCCCAGUUGGCGCUGCAAAAGCACGUGAACAACCACUUCAAUGCCACGGACAACGCCAAGGAAAGCACGAGCAAGCGCACCUCGGAUCCACCAGUGCCAAAGCAACUCCGCAAGAAUGGCAAGAAGCUCCGGUACAGGCGCCAGCCCUUCUCAGCUCGCAUGUUUGACUUUUUCGACACGGGUAUCAUGGAGGGACUGCAGCACCGUCUGCGCCAGAUCAGCACACUCACUAACGGGGCCCAGGCCAUCGAGUUCCAAGGCCAGUGCGUGAUGCGUCGUCGCAACAGCCAGGGCAGCUACGAGUGCUUUGUGCGCUGGUCCCCGCGCGAGAUUAUUUCCGAUGAGUGGCUGCCGGAGUGCGAGCACCGAACGCGCCACCACACAAAGGUGCUGCACAUCAAGCAGAUGAGGCCGGCUGAGAAGACGCGCGUGGACAGCCUGCUCAGCACCGCGUUCCGGCUUCGCUACGACUCGCAACUGUUCGCCGACGACUAUAACGUGAAUGAACAGCAGAUCGGCGAGCUGAGCGGCAGCGACUGCGAGGAGGAGGGGGAUCAAGAUGACGAGGAGGUCGACGAAGAGGACGAGGACGACGAUGGCGGCAGCAGUUCGCGCAGUGCGAGCUGCGAGACUGUGUCCAGCUAUCAGCAGGUGCUCAGCAUUGCCAAGCUGCAGAUGCAGCAGCGGCGCAAGCACCCGCGCAAACCACCCAAGGUGACACCGCCGCCGAGGGAGCAGCUAGUUCCCACGGACGCCCUGGUGCCGGUGCCCAUUUAAAGCGCUGCCAGAUUUCAAGUAUUCUCUAAGUAAUUAUACCGAAAAAACACGACAAACGAGUAAACAGUGACAAGUAGACUAGUUAGUGUACGAGCUAAAUAAGUUACUACCUACGCAUAUAUCCAAUUAUGAAUAGAAACCAUAAGUACUCCAGCUUUGUUCAUUUGUUUGUUUGGUCUUUGAAGCCAAUGGAUUAGUUUAUUGUUCCCAUCCCACUGUCGUCCAUCGACCCCUGUACAUAUUCCGGAUGGAGGCAACGUUAUGAGUCAGGAGCAGUUUGAUGCCACCUUAUCGCAACCCACCCGCGCGUUCUAGCAAGUACUGUUAAGAACAAAUUUCCUAAUUUCUAGAGUUCUAGUUCUAAUUUAGUUUCUAAAGUGUACAUUUAGUGGAAAUUCAUGUGGAAAUGACCGACUAGACAAGACUUGUUUAAAGCCAAUUUUAUGUUGAUCUAUUGAAAAUUGUAAGGUUAAAUUUCGUUUUCUUUUUGUUGCCCCUCAUUGUAUUGUAUUUAACACCUAGAAACUGGCCAAACUUACACUGAAAGCGGAGAACUACGCACAUAACUGAAAGGUUAAAGUUUAAGUAUAGUGAAGUGACGUGGAAGAACACAAGACUUGAAGCAUUUACCGCUACAAAACACGAGAAAUAUUUGUAAAUCAUUUUGUACUCAACUCGAACAGCAAUGCAAACACUUGUAAGCCUAAGUUAGACCCAUGCCCAAGACCAUUUUUCAUUAAUUUAGUGCAAAUCGAAUUCAACUUUCGCCAAUUCAUCAGCGUCUCUAGUUCGUUUUGUGAAAAUUUGAAGAGACAGAGGAGCAUAAUGCUAAUGUUGUACAUAAUAUAAAAUAACAUUAACUAGUUUCGCUUUUAAACUAACAUUAACUAUUCAUUUAGAACUUAGCCAAGGCAAAACCCAAGUAAACUAUGCAAAUAAAGUUAUCGAAAAGAAAAUGAACAAUCUACAAGCAAAAUAUAACAAAAGAACUCCCUAUGUUUUCAUUAUUUGUUAUUUACGGUCGAAGAAAAAUUCAGAAAAAAUCAGAAAACUACUAUGUUUUACUUUCUGCGCUAUUUUCUGUACAUAUCCGAACGGCAAACCAACUCUCGAAGCAUGUAAGCUAAUCGCUAAACGUAAUUUAUAAUUUUCUAUGCCAAUGAAUUUAUAAGUGUUUUAAGUAAGUAAAGUAAAACUCGAAUCAAGGACGAAAGAUAUAAAAACAAGAGUACUCAUCACUGCCAAAAAUGUAAUUGAACAACACGAACGCAGUUGUUAAAAACGACUGAUAAAUUUAGAGUGCGUAAUGAGCAGAGCCAGGAAUUAUUAUUGUCUGCCACACCCAAAUUCCUGAUCGAGCACUUCCCCUACGUUGCACAAUAACCACUCGCCUAGAGACGAGUAUAUCAAAUAUAUCUGUGUGUUGUCUUAAGUAGAAGUAGAUGCGUCUCUGUGCCCCUCAACUAGUUUAAGCCAAUAAGCAAGAUUGAAGUAUAUAUAAAAGUACGUGUAUAACCCCAUAUGUAAGGAGAGCAGGCAGGAAAUCGGGGGGAUUGUUACAACCCCCGAUCACAGCCUAUAUACAUACAUGAUUCAAAGCAAUACUCUUACGAUAAUCGCCGAUCAAGCUUAGUUGACUCUUCCAUUUGGUUAGUCUUUCGAUGCCUUUCGCCCGAGUUGUUCAACGCUUUGUACUGCAGAAAUCUAGGGAAGUCUAAAACAAUGGAACAAGUAUCAAACCAGAAUCCAUGAGAAGUAAAGUAAAAGAAAUUCAAAUAAAAUAAAACUACCUCAAAUUUUGCAAGCGUAAAACACACAAAAGAAUUUUUCGAAACAAGUUUUCUAAAGCGAAGAAAGUAUAUAGGUAGGUGCAGCGUUAUAUUUUGUCGGAUAGGAAGAUCGGGCGGCAGUUAACCGUAGAUAUCCAGACAGGGCAGAGCCGAGAAACAAGGGAAAAUACACGAGUAGUACACACAAACAAACAAGGGGAAACCGUAGGCUAAUUCCAUAUUUUGCUAAUAUUGCGUACAGUAUGUAGGAUAAGCAAUGAUCCAGUUAAACUACCCUCGCUUUUCCCUCUUUUCGAUCGCUUCGAGUGACCCACCCAUCCGAGCGAUCAGCAAAGUAUGCAUUUGCCUUUAGCCCUGAGCUCAGUUGAGUUUGUACAUAGAUUAGUUUAUCGCAAACGAGGUAUAUAUUCAAUAUCAUAACCAUCAUUUUAACAUUAAAACCGCUUUAAUGAAUUGCAGAGAGAAAUUAAUUAGGCAUUCGUAAUUAUGGUAAUUAGCAGGCGUACAUAUACACACGUAUACAGGAGAAGUAUUUCUGAACUCACAAUUAUUUCGAGGUAUGUCCUAGUUGAUUUUGGGAUUCAGUUCUGGUCGUAUCCAAGGCAGAAACACAACCUUAACGGCAGCGAUCUUGCUUCGAUUGUAACUAAUGUAAUCAAAAGAAUUAUAUACAUACAUAUAUAUUAUUGAACUCUAUAUACACAACAUAGUAUGUACAAGUGGACUCAAACAGAUUCUGAAUCCGAAGAACAUGUAACGCGCUGAGGAAUGACAAAAUAUAUGAAAAACAAGUAUUA